CAACAUGGUAAAAUUAAGAUCAAAUUUUAGGAUUGAUCACCCCCAGUGAGCACCAAAAUUUAAAGAACCAGACACAAAUGUUUAGCCUAUAUAAGCAGAUUAUGUUCAAUCCUUAAUCCGUCACUGUCUUAACAUUUCCUUUAUUUCUUUCUAUUAUUUCUCCAAAAAUGUCAUACGAAAUUGAGCUCACCAUCUCAUCAGCCAAGGAUCUAAAGAACGUCAACUGGCGGUACGGCUCACUCAGGCCAUACGCCGUCGUUUGGGUCGAUCCAAACAGCAAAAGCUCCACCAAAGUUGACGAACAAGGCGAUACUUCUCCUUACUGGGAUCAAACCCUAGUAAUUCAUCUUCCACCUGGUCCCAUUGAAGAUCACACGCUCUCCAUCGACAUCGUCCAUGCAAACGCCGAGGAGGACACCAAACCGCUCAUCGGCUCGGCUCGUUUAAAGAUGGCUGAAGUUCUAGAUGACGUUGGAAUCGGCCGGAAACUUAGCCGUUCUCUCCAGCUCAAGCGUCCGUCAGGCAGACCACAGGGGAAGAUUGACGUUGACGUUAUAAUUAGAGAACGCGCUUACCAUCCUCCUCCUGCUGCAUACUACGCGCCACCUUAUGGUGUGCCGGCGCCACCACGACCAAUAGGGGAAUAUUAUGGAAGUCAAUAUUCGUAUUAUACACCAACUGCACCACCACCUAGUGGAUACCCGUACGGUGCUCCGCCUCCACCGCCGCCGAGUUACGGUUACGUUGACGGACCGCCGGUUUAUGUGCAAGAGGAGAAGAAGAAAAGUAAAUUUGGUGGAAUGGGGACGGGAUUGGCUGUGGGUGCUGUUGCUGGGGCUUUAGGUGGACUGGCAAUUGCUGAAGGUGUUGAUGCUCUUGAAGAUAAGAUUACUGAUGAUGUGGCAGAUCAAGUGGAGGAUGAUCUUGGUUAUGAUGGUGAUGACUUCUAGAGAAGUCGACUUUAAAAAAAAAAUCAGUCUUUUUUUUAUGAUUUGAAUUGAAACAUCAUCAUGAUUGUCAGUUUCCUAAAAUAAUUGCGUUUGUUGAAAAGGAAAAACAAUUAUUACAAUUUGAUUUAAAAUGUUUUUAAUAAGAAAAAAUAAAUUGAAAUUUGAAAUCAA